AUGGCACCCAAGAAGCAAAUGGUCCUCAAGUUGACCUCCUUCCGCUACAAGAAGGAGGGAAUCUCUGAGAAAGAAUUCCACGAAUACGCCAGCAAGUCGCAUGCCCCUAAAGCAGCCAUCGUACAGGCUCGCCAUGGCGCCAUCAAAGUGUGCCAGUACCACACUCCAAGCGCCAGCAAGAGGCUUAUCACUGAGAAGAUCCCUUGGGCCGUACGUCCAGGCUGGGAGAUCGAAGAUCACGACAUCAUGGUGUGUGUGUACGUGCCGAAUGCGGAGACAGCACAGGCGAUUGUGACAGACCCAGACUUCCAGAGCCUCGUGGCUGGAGAGGACGAGAUCUGUGACCAGACCCGUGCCAAGUUGACUGCGGGGUGGGAGGAGGUGUUCGUGGAGGAUGGCAAGGUGGUCGAGGCCGACUAUGGUACAUUUGAAGAGCUCACUAGCCUUGGCCAUGAUAGCAAGCCUACUUCGGCUCCCGAGGGCAUCCGCAUCUAAAAGGGAAAUAGAGAAGAUAGCAUCAAAUACCUAGUUAGCUCCACCAAUAAGAUACGUGUGUGAUUUGUACUAUUUGUGGGACCAGCUGGGCCAUAGACUGCGUAAAGUGAGGACCUGGGGUUGCAGCUUACCCUGCUCGGAAAAUACAUCAGUGUGGAGUAAGUGGUGCCUGUCUAUAACUCAAUGGAAUUAAUAUGCAUUUUAUCCCCUUUCUAUCGCCUUCUGCUGUACUAAUUAAGUGAAUCAUCGUUGGUGAUAAGAAUGCACUCAGUGUGCUCCCCUUUUGGGUUUAGCGCUGACACAAUGCAUCAUGCUAAUUUAGAGAGUUUUAGACACCUUUCAACCACGCGGAGUUGGGCCCUUCUAAAUGCCAAACUGUAACUGUAAGUCAGCAUCCAAAUGGAGACUUUAUGGGAUGAUUAUGAAAUGUAAUUGGAAGAAGAAGACCAAGUGGAUCCAUCACUGCG